AUGGUGGGCUAUAAAAACCCUCAUCCAAUGCUCUUCCCAGCACCAAGUCCUGCAAUAGCAUCUUCUGCCAACAAAGGGAGUGUUUGCGUCCAUUCAUUCUCAGUUGCUGCUAAUAUGGGGAGAAUGGUGAAGGUGGGGCCAUGGGGUGGCAACGGAGGGGAUCUGUGGGAUAUGGGACAUCCCGACCACAUUACCAAACUUAAAAUCUAUUAUGGAGAUAACAUUGUGGGGUUGGAAACUACCUACAUUCUUAACGGUAAUUCCCACACCGACAAACGUGGAACCACCAAUGGCGCUUCCAAGGAGAUCAUCCUCGAGGAGGACGAGUACUUCACUUCUAUCUCCGGAUAUUUUCAUGCAUUAUCCAAUUAUCAGGGACAUGCAAUUGUGAUGUUGCUUACUCUUGAUACUAACAAGGGUGCAUCCAUAAGUGUAGGCAACAAGAUUGGCAGUUCAUUCGCCCUUACUUUAGAGGAGGGGAGUAAGAUUCUGGGCUUCUUUGGGCGAGCGGGUACAGCCAUUGACGCUAUUGGAAUCCGCUGCUCAUUGCCAAACUAAGUGUAUGCACUGGCACUGGCUCGUGUUCCUAUCUAUCGAAUGGUGUAAUAAAUAAGCAACGAUAACAAUUUAUGGUGCUUGCCAUGAUUGUCAUCAUCGUUGUUAUCCUUCUCAAUCGGUGUUGCUUUGAAUAAAUAAUGAAAUGUUUUCGAAUCCACUUUGAUAUCUUA